CCUGCGGAGCACUGAGAGGCUGUGCCUGGCUCUCUGCAAGGCGGCCAUGGGGCCUGGCCUCUCUAAAGGCUGCGCAAAGGCUAUUGCACAGCCUUUGCACAACAGCAGUUCCCCAUACGGGCAGGCUGCAGGCUGUGCCUCGCGCUUCGCCCUGAUCGUUGCGGUUCCCAUGACUCUCCGGCCCCUCCUCUGGCUCCCAGCAUUGGAGGCUGAGCCCUUUGGCCCAACAGCCUGCUCUGAAGUGUCAAUACGCCGCCAGGACGCCGGCUUGUGGGAUCAGCAUGGUUUCCAGGCAGUGCGUGGCUUUGCUGCUCUGCUUCCCGCUGCUUGUUCCUCCUUCUCUGGAAGCAGUCUUUUUAAAGCAGGAAGAGGCAAACAGCAUUUUUCAAAGGCGCAGAAGAGCCAAUAGCUUCUUCGAAGAGAUAAAGCUGGGGUCACUAGAGCGAGAAUGCAUGGAAGAAAAGUGUUCAUUUGAGGAAGCAAGAGAGAUCUACCGUGAUGAUGAGAGGACAAAAGAGUUCUGGCACAUCUAUUCUGACCCCAACCAAUGUGACUCCAGCCCCUGUCAGAAUGGAGGGAGCUGCGAUGACCAGUUUCAGGAUUACGUCUGCCGUUGUCCUCCGGAGUACGAGGGCAAAAGCUGUGAGAUAGCUCUGGAUGAGAACCUGAAGUGCAUUUAUGACAACGGCGGCUGUGAGCAGUACUGUGCUGACCAGCAGUCUGAAAAACGAGUGUGCUUCUGUGCAGAGGGCUAUACUUUAGCAAGUGAUGGCGUGUCCUGCAUUCCCCAAGUGAAAUACCCUUGUGGAAAAAUACCAGUGCUGGCAAAAAAGAAUGCAACUGCUCAGGGGAGAAUAGUAGGUGGUGUCACCUGUCCUCCAGGUGAAUGUCCAUGGCAAGCUCUCAUAAUACAGGAUCGGAAAGAGAAGUGUGGUGGCAGUCUGCUCUCGCCAGAGUGGGUGGUGACUGCAGCUCAUUGCCUGGAUUACACUCAUUCCAAACAGCUCCGGGUGAGGCUGGGUGAAUACUCAAUAAAAGUUGAUGAGAAAACUGAGCAAGAAAGCGGAGUGAGCAAGAUCAUCAGACACGAAGAAUACACCAAUGGACAAGUCAAUCACGACAUUGCCCUCCUGAAGCUGGAAACACCGGUGAAUCUCACCGAUUUCGUGGUGCCAAUAUGUUUGCCUGAAAAACGGUUUGCGAUUUACGAGCUGUCCUCCAUUAAGUUCUCAACGGUGAGCGGAUGGGGACGGCUAUUAGACGGAGGAGCUACUGCUACUUUUCUGAUGCGAGUCGAUUUGCCGCGUGUAAAGACACAAGAAUGUGAAAAGCAGGCUAAUUUAAACAUCACUGAGAAUAUGUUCUGUGCAGGAGACCUGACCGGCAAAAAAGACUCCUGCAAAGGAGACAGUGGUGGACCUCAUGCUACAAAGUACAAGAACACCUGGUUUCUGACUGGGAUUGUCAGCUGGGGAAAGGGUUGUGCUGUUGAAGGCAGCUAUGGGGUUUACACAAGGGUAUCCAGAUACAUCGACUGGUUGAAGAAGUACAUGGAAUGAAGAGCAGUGAACCACAGCAUUUCCUUUCCUUCAUCCCUCUGUGGCAUUUUUGUACUGAAGCGUUCCUCCAUUAACUUAGACACGUGGUAAACGUGAUAUUGUUCACAAUUUUCAAAGAGCCUAAUGCCUGCCUGAAUACACAAAAUAACUCUGAUAUUGUUGUAAACUUCAAUGUCUUGGCAAGAGGCCACAGAAAGGCCCUAUCAAACCAGACUCAGAGUCCCUCAUUCUUCACUCAUUUUCUGGUAAAAGAAAAGCUUGGUGCUGAGAAACACUGUCAGUAAUGUGUCGAGUACACCGCGAUCCUUCCUUGUGCUGCCAUCGUGGCUGCUGGUAAUCAAUGAUGCACAGACUUCCUGAGCAAGAAGUCACAUGAGUCUGAAUGGUCAUGAAUGACCCCAUCUGCCAUACACAUGUGCAAUCUCUUUCAAACACAUUUACACUUUAGGCUUUCACAACUUCCUGUGCUGAUAGGUCCUGCAAUACAAUGAAGCAACAGCAGGAGAAAGAGAAAUGGUGUUUCUUUCUUAUGGUGAAGGAACUUUCUCUUGGAGUCCCAGCAGGUGGAUUCGAGAGGGAGGAAUUGCAGAGCAUCCUCAGGACAAGGAAGCUGGGAAAAGAUUAAUUCCACAUUUACGAGUCUGCUAUGAAAACUUGAUUUUAGUCUUCCUCCACUAAAUAUUAUUGCAGUAAGGCUAUUAACAAUACAUUUAUGAGUGAUGAAGGAUACCACACAGCUAAUCCCAUAUUUGUCUUUCUGUAAAAGUUGGAUUCUUUCAAAUUAUGCUGAAUAUCAGAUUAAUCACAAAGACUUAUCAGCAAGUAGGACACUUACUGUGGUCUAGUAGCAGGGGAGAACACUGGCAUUAUAUGGUACAUGUAAUACCAAACAUCCAAAAUCUGUGUUACUAACAGAGGAAUGGAGGGUUACUCUUUUAAGAACUGAGAUGAGAAAAGCUGCAAAUUCCAGAGACCUGGGGAACAAGGUCUUAUGGUAUGAAAGCAUGCCUUGGAGGUUUUGGUUAUGCCUGAAGAAAUUAACAAGACAUAACAAGACGCACUGUGAGUGAGAGAAAAUAAAAAAGGAAAGCAUUUAUGCCAGCAGAAGCAGCAUGCAAAACAAAUAAUAUUUUUAAAAAAUGAGGAAAAUUCCCAGGGAGAAAGGUGACUGGGGGCAGCAGCCAGCAAAUGAAGUCUCAUUUUCACCAAGAUGAGGCACCUGGCAUUGCGACAUCAUCCUCCUAGGCCCCUCAAACUGAAUAGCUGUUGAUUUUACAGGCUCCACUGGGUGACUUCUCUACUGUAAAUAUUGAUAGUUAUGAACAAGUCACCCUGCAGAAAAAGGGCAAAAUGCAGACAAAACAUCCAACCAGUAUUAAUGGCUGUGUGGCAUGACUUUCGCACAACAAAGCCAAGAGCUAUACAUAUUUUUAACAUAAAAGCCUGUGUAAGCAAUCACAGAAUCAUAGAAUCAUUAAGGUUGGAAGGA